UCCUUCCAGAAGGAAAAAAUAGGUGAAGAUUAAGGGAUCCGGGAGCCGGACGGAGGAGGAAGAAGAACAAGAAGAAAGAAACACAGAAGAACAAAGAAAAAACAAAGCAGUUAUUACAGUUUCUUUCUUUCUUUCUUCCUGAAAUCACAGAUUGAUUUUACAGAGAGAGAGAGAGUUAAUCUGAAGACUUUUCAGGGAGAAACAGAAAAAGUAUUUUAAAUUUCAAAGUCUACACCCGCGCAGAUCGAUCGGAAAAUUUAAGCACCGGAAUAAAAAUCCAUGGAUGAUUUUCCGGGUAUUUUAGCGAGGGAUUUCGGGUUCAAACCACAAGGCAAAUCGGCACCGAUGGCACCCCCUCGUAAUUCCCCAUCAGGUGGUCUUGGCAACUAUUCUUCUACCCCUAAUUUCGGGCUCGGAUCCUCUGCUCCCGAUUUCACCCUAUCGUCAUCGGCCUCUAAUCGGAGUAAGUCGAAUUCGAACCCCAUUUUCGACGAUCAAGAUGGCGGGGGGGACGGCUUACUAUUCAACGACGUCUUCGGUGGGCCUCCCAAGUACGGUUCCGCCUCGGAUUCUCGCACGACGCAGUCAUCGACGGCGUUUGAUUACGAUUCCAUCUUCAAGGACCGGGGAGCGCCGGCAGCAUCUAAAUCCUCGUCGAUGCCGGUAUACGACAAGCCGGUCUACGACGAAGACAUCUUCGAGGGUUUACCCGGGGUGAAGAGUUCGUCGGCAUCGGCCACCUCGGUUAAAUACGAGGACGUUUUCUCUUCGAUCUCGUCGCCUCCUACGUCUCGGCCGCGGAAGCAGGAAAAUUCGGCUUUUGACGAUCUGCUGGGCGGUUUUGGUAAGAAAGAAACCGAAUUGAGGAAGACUGAGAAGAAGGAAACCUCAACGGCUUUCGAUGAUUUGAUACCUGGCUUUGGUGGCGGCAGCUCAGCAACUGGCUACAGGUCAACUUCUGAGCCUAGUUGGUCACAAGAACCAUCUUCUGAUUCAAGUAAGACAGACCCCAAGAUGAUGGAAGACCCAUUUGUGGUCUUAGAGUCAACAACAUCUACCACAGCUCCUUCCUCAGGGUUGUUCACUGAUCCAUUGGAACAUAUUAACAAAUUCAGUAGCUCUGGGAGCAGUAAAGCAGAUCGUUCAUCUCCACAUGUAGGUGUAUUUGAUGAUCUAGAUCCUCUUGAAAAUUUUGGAAAAUCUAAACCUGAGAUUAGUAAGAGAGGUCAGGAUAAGAAUCAUCUAAGGACUGAAAGUGUGAGUGGUACACAAUCUCCAGUUGAAAAUUUUGAGAGCCACUCUCAAAAGAAAGUGCCUGUUAAUGCUUUUCAGGAUUCUUAUCAAAUGCCAUUUGAUGUGUCCUCUGUCUCUGGUGGACAAGCUGCUUCUCCAUACAUGAAUGGCGGUCCAAAUGAGACGAAUUCACAGGUCAAUACAACUCCAAGGUCAGAUGAGUAUUUUGAGUCAUCUGAUGAUGUCUGGCUUACCGUGUCAGAGGUCCCUCUUUUUACACAACCUACCAGUGCUCCACCACCUUCAAGACCUCCCCCUCCAAGACCAACCCGAUCUUCGAAGUCAGAUGCAGGUUCUGUUACUUCUACAAAUACAAGAAAGAAGAUCAAUGAGUAUUCGUCCUUCCAGAAUUCCACUCAGUAUCCAUAUAGCCCUAAUUCUGUCCGUGCUUCUACAAGGGACCCUGUGGCAUCUCAAAUAGAUGAACUUGAGGAUUUUGGUAUGGGUAGGACUCAAAAUAAUAUUAAUGAAUAUGCUGAUGCCUUUUCUGGUGAAGAUAUGGGUACAAAUUCUAUGGCUGCUGCAUCUGCUGCCGCCAUGAAAGAGGCCAUGGAUAAAGCAGAGGCCAAAUUCAGGCAUGCCAGGGAAAUGAGGGAGAGAGAGUAUUUAAAGACUACUAGAAGCAAAGAAGGUGUUCAAUUGGAUAAAGAUGAUUCUCAGGAAAGAGAACUUAGAGAAAAACAAGAGAGAUUGGAUCAUGAAAGGCAACAAAGGGAAAGGGAGGAGGAAGAGAGAGAACAACAGAGGAGACUUGAGAAAGAGAGGGAAAGAGAGGAGAGAGAAAGAGAGCAAAGAAGGCUUGAGAAAGAACGGAUGGAUAGGGAAAGGGAAUUGGCCAGGCAAGCAGUGGAAAGGGCUACUAGAGAAGCACGUGAAAGAGCGGCAGCUGAAGCACGUGAAAGGGCAGCAGCGGAGGCACGAAAAAGAGCUGAAAAGGCUGCUGUCGAGAAGGUAGCUGCCGAAGCUCGAGAACGUGCGGAAAAAUUUGCAGUUCAGAGAGCUCAAGCAGAAGCUCGUGAAAGGGCAGCAGCAGAGGCAAAAGAAAGAGCUGAAAGGGCGGCAGCAGAAGCAAGAGAAAGAGCUGAAAGGGCUGCAGCAGAAGCAAGGGAGAGGGAAGCACGGGAGAGAAAUGAAGCACGUGUUAAGACAGAACGAGCUGCAGUAGAAAGGGCUGCUGCAGAGGCUCGGGAGAGGGCAGCUGCCGAGGCUCGAGAAAGAGCUGCCGCUGCAGCAAGGGCAAAUCAACAAAAGAAUGAAAAUGAUCUCGAAUCAUUCUUUAGUAUGGGCUCUCGACCAAGCAGUGCGCCUAGGCCAAGGGCCAACUCUUCAGAUCCUGUAUUUGAUACCCAGAGUAAGGGAGGCCCUGAAGCAGCUCGCAGAACAUCUGUUGGCACCUCAACUAGCAUGAGGAAAGCAUCUUCAACUGCUAAUAUAGUCGAUGAUCUAUCUUCAAUUUUUGGAGCUGCUCCAUCCCCAGCUAGAGAGUUCCAAGAAGUUGAAGGGGAAACUGAAGAAAGACGAAGAGCCAGGCUGGAACGUCACCAAAGGACACAGGAGCGGGCUGCAAAGGCUCUGGCUGAGAAAAAUCAACGUGAUCUCCAAGCCCAAAGAGAACAAGCUGAGAGACAUAGGAUUGGUGAAACUCUGGAUAUUGAGAUCAAGCGUUGGGCUGCAGGGAAGGAGGGGAAUUUACGUGCUCUGCUCUCAACAUUGCAAUAUGUGCUUUGGCCAGAGUGUGGUUGGCAGCCUGUUUCUUUGACUGAUUUGAUUACCGCUGCAUCCGUUAAAAAAGUUUAUAGAAAGGCAAACUUAUGUAUUCAUCCUGAUAAAGUGCAACAGAAAGGUGCCAAUCUUCAGCAGAAAUAUAUCGCUGAGAAGGUGUUUGACUUGCUUAAGGAGGCCUGGAACAAGUUCAAUUCAGAGGAGCUUUUUUGAAAUUUUCUGGUUAUUCUCCUGCGAGUUGGUUGGCAAGUACACUAUUCCUUGGGGUGGAAAAUGUUUGAUGGCUAUGGCAGAUCAAUUCUCUCAUCUGCUGUGAUUGUACGCUCUGAUUGAUCCUGCAUGGUAUAGGCUGAUUAAAGGGCCUAAGGAGCUUCUUUUGUAGCUGCUGAGAUGACGGGCAUCGGGAAGUGAAUUGUCUUGGAGGUUGCUGUAAAUUAAAGGUUCCUAGCUUUUGCAUCCUGAAGUUGGAAGCUGUUGUUACAUUGUUGGUAUAGAGUAUUAAUUUGGCACGAGCGGGACAUCUACUCAACAGAAUAUAAGGGGAUUUUUUCUUUUGUGUUAAUUCUUUUACAGUACUUAUUAUGUGGUUUUCUUUUCCCCUUUUCCAUCAUAUAUUCAAUGCGUACGGUGUUUGUUGAUAUCUAGACGCACUAUGAGCUCUGUAUGAUUGUUGCAUUGAUGACUUGUCUUCAAUGAUUCAAAUAUAUAAUUUUUUGUUU